CCACGUCAGCGUCGAAAUGCCCGCCUUCGAUCCUUUCAUCAACUCUCUUCGUAUUUUCCCAGAUAAGGAAAAACUCCUCCCCUUAAAAUAUUAUUCCGAUAAAAAUUUAUCACUUCUUAUAAUCCAUUUGUUCAGAGCUAUCGGAUUCUCAACCCUAGUUUCCUCCAUUCCGGAACGCCCAGUUUCACGCUUGUUCAGGUAAUUGGUACACCGCCGGAGCAACGCAUUUCCCGGAGGCUGCAUGAGUAGUUUCCGGGCAGAAGGAUCAGCUGAAGCGGAGGAGGACUGGUGCUUCAAGACCGUGUAUCCAUGGGUGUGUUCAUUGUUGCUCAUGCUCACUCACCGGCUCGCCUCACUCUCUGUCAGGCUCGUUCUCCGCCGCCGUCUUGCUUUAGAAUACGCCAUUGCUUCUCUUCUCGUCGAUGGUUGAUUCCCAACUUCACCCCCCUAAGGGUAGAUAAUUUCAAAUCUAGGUGUUCAAUAGCAAAAGCUGACAUCUUUACUGACACAACUGAUGAAGAAGUUCUGGAUAAUUUUGAAUCUGCUGAUUACAAUUGUACAGUUCCUGUUGUUCAUCUCAAGUCUGAUAUUCUUGAUAGUGAAGCACUAGAUCUACUUGCUAAGGGAACAUAUGUCGACACUAUUUUGACAACACUUCCAGUCUUAUCAGAAGAGGAGCAGAAUAUCAUUGCUGCAACUCCUGCUCAUCCAGCAGGAUUAUAUGCUUUGUAUGCCAGUUGCUUCGCUGGAAACUUGGUGGAACAGCUUUGGAGUUUUGCCUGGCCUGCUGCUAUUGCAUUGCUUCAUCCAAGUCUUCUUCCUGUGGCAUCUAUGGGUUUUGUUGCUAAGGUUGCUGUAAUUGUAGGAGGCCCUUUGGUAGGAAAGCUUAUGGAUCAUUUUCCUAGGGUACCUGCAUUUAAUUGUCUAAGUAUUGUUCAGGCAGCUGCUCAGUUGUUGUCAGUUGGAGUGAUCAUUCAUGCCCACAGAUUCCAUGCCACAGCUACACCCUUCCCUCUUUUCCGGCCUUGGUUUGCUGUAUUUGUUCUAGCUGGGGCUGUUGAAAGGCUAUCUGGACUGGCUUUGGGGGUUGCUGUCGAACGUGAUUGGGUUGUUUUGUUAGCAGGUACCAAUCGGCCAGUUGCUCUUGCUCAAGCAAAUGCUGUUCUUAGUCGAAUUGAUCUCUUGUGUGAGGUUGCUGGAGCAGCACUGUUUGGCUUCCUUCUGUCCAAAUAUGAACCUGUGAAAUGCUUAAGACUUACUGCUAGUUUGAUGAUAGGGGCAUUGCCUAUUGUGAUUCUUUUGACAUGGAUAACCAACAAGCUUUCUUCUGGGGUUCUUGACCGUGCUAAAUCUGUGCAAACUUGUUGCCCUUCUUACUCCAGUGAAUCUUUACCAGAAUCUGGAAAUCUAGUGGGGAUGAGUAUAGAAGCUAUCAAGCAUGGGUGGGCUGAAUAUAUCCAGCAGCCUGUUCUUCCAGCAAGCAUGGCCUGUGUGUUAUUAUACUUCAAUGUUGUGCUUGCGCCUGGUAGUUUAAUGACUGCAUUCUUAACACAGCGUGGCCUAAACCCAUCUAUCAUUGGUAGCUUUAGUGUAUUGAGUGCAUUCAUGGGUAUUGCAGCAACUUUUGGGUCUGCAAAGAUGGUUAAGAGAUUUGGCAUUUUAAAGGCUGGAGCAGCUGCCCUGAUAUUGCAGGCGUCACUUUUAAGCACUGCUGUAAUUGUCUAUUGGACUGGAUCUCUUUCUCAGCAGACACAUUUUUUGUUUUUCUUGGGUCUGAUAGUAUUAUCACGGAUAGGGCACAUGUCAUAUGAUGUUGUAGGCGCACAGAUUUUACAAACUGGAAUUCCAGCAUCCAAAGCAAAUCUUAUUGGAACUACGGAGGUUUCCAUUGCAAGUUUAGCAGAGUCUAUAAUGUUGGGGGUUGCUAUAAUUGCGAACGAUGUCUCACAUUUUGGAUUUCUAGCAAUGCUCUCUGUUCUAUCAGUAGUUAGCGCAGCUUGGUUAUACUGUAGAUGGUUGGCAAAUCCAACAGAGACACAAAGGAGUCUUUUCUGUUUUGACCCACAGUUUUAAUAUCAAUAAAGCUGCAAAUUUAGAGUCCAUUAUUUCCAUUUGGUCUCUCCUUGUGAUCCAGCAAAUGACAAGGUCGGGUGCAGGAUGAGAUUUGUCUGCCUGUGCAACAUUUUCCCCAUUGUGCAGCGGUUGCAGAGAUCCUUAUUUUGGUGGUGGAUUGGUUUGCGAGCAGAAUACUUUUUCAGAGAGCUGUGGUACGUUAACCCAUUUAUUUACCUAAUGUUGUAUAAUGUAGCGGCAUGCAAUGGAUGGAUUAGAACUUUGGUGAUACUGUAUAGCAGGUAAUAGGUUAGGUAAUGUUGUGCAUUCAGAUUUCAGAUAUCACCCACCCUACCAUCCAGUGGAUCUUAGAUUUGUAGACACCCACCACUGUACAUAGAGAUAAACAUUCUGUUAAACAUUGAUUCUUUAGAUUGUGUUUUCCUAACAAUGGGAGUGGUUGUUGAUUUGAAGAA